CCCCGUCCCCAGUCCCACUCACACAUCCCAUCCAAACCACACCCCACACCGACCAAAACCCUCGGCACCGCGACGACAAAUUCCGCCUACGCUCCGUCGCUGGCGGCCGUGGAGCAGCGGCCGCGUCGCCAUGGAUGACAUUGCUUGGAUGCUAGCCCGCGGUUCGGAUUUCUUUCUGAUGGACCGAAACAUGCUCAGUUUCACGAAGAGCGCCUUCACCAACCUGCCCCACCCGCCCGCCGCCACCGCCGCCCCCCUCUCCGGCGCCGUCACUGCGAGCGCCCCCGACGGGGUCGACCGCAUCAGCUCCCUCCCCGGCGGAAUCCUCCGCGACAUCGUCUCCCGCCUCCCCGUCAAGGACGCCGCGCGCACUACCGUCCUCUCCACGCGAUGGCGCCGCGUCUGGCACACCACGCCGCUCGUCCUCGUCGACGCCCACCUCCUCUCCAGCGCCUCCAUCGGGACCGGCCGCAGCCGCCUCGGCGCCGAUCCGCGCGACCUCUUCGGCACCUCGCGCAGCCUCGCCGACGCGGUGUCCACCGUCCUCGCCGCGCACCCAGGUCCCUUCCGCUGCGUCUACCUCACCGGCACCCCGAUGGAGACGCAUCCCGACGAGCUCGCGCUCUGGCUCCAGCACCUAGCCGCCAAGGGCGUCCAAGAACUCAUUUUUCUCAGCCGCACAACAAAGUUGGACUCUGCCGUGCAUCUCCCUGCCACGCUCUUUAGAUGCACCUCCCUCACAAAGCUAUACAUCGGCUUCUGGUGGUUUCCGCCGACCCCCGGCCUCCCUCCCACCGUCGCAUUCCCCUACCUCCGGGAGCUCGGCCUCUUCUCCCUCGUCAUGACCGAACAGGACCUCGCCUUCGUGCUGAACAGAUGCCCCGUCCUGGAGAAGCUCCUGAUGACCGGAUGCCGGUGGCCGGUUUGCCUCCGCGUUCGGAGUCACAGCCUACGGUUGGUGGAGUUAUGCCAGUGUAUCGCACCAGAAAUCACAGUGGUGAACGCUCCACGCCUGGAAAGGCUCUUGCUUUGGGAAGCUUGGGGUGACGGCGGCUUCACCAACAUGUCCUCCACGAUCAAGAUUGGCCAUGCUCCGAAGCUGCGUUUCCUGGGAUUCUUGGUGCCUGGAAUGCACAAAUUGGAGAUUGGGAACACUGCCAUCAAGGCUGAGACAAAGGCAAGCCCAAACACCACUGUCCCAAGUGUCCAGAUGCUGGCAGUUCAGGUGAAACUUGGAACUCGCAUUGAAGCUAGGAUGUUACCUAGUUUCCUCAGAUGCUUUCCCAAUGUCGAGACACUCUACAUCCAGUCAGAGAACGAUGACUUCAAAUUCUGGGGACCUCAAGCAACUGGCACUGGCAAACUAAAUCUCAAGUUCUGGAAGGAGGCAGGUCCCAUUCAAUGUGUUCAGCGGCACAUCAAGAAGGUGGUUCUCCGUGAGUUCCGAGGGACAAGAAGCGAGCUUGACUUCCUCAAGUUCAUUGCCGAGCAUGCACGAGUUCUUGAGAAGAUGGUGAUUGUGUUGACCCAUGGACAUUCCCCUUCAGGUCCCGUCGGUACCAACCUGAGGACUAGAAUGGCUUCUGCAAAUUGGGCCAAUGCAUGCUGUGAGCUGAUGAUUUUUCAGACUCCAUUUCCUCAAGAAGGUACAGCUUGGUGCUACCUAUCAGCAUUUAAUCUUUCUAGCACAGACCCUUUUGAUGUUUCAAAAUGUGUCGAUGGGACAUGUCAAGGUCAUUAGUGGGCUGUUCCUGUAUCCAUAUGCAAGGCACUGUUUCAGACUGUUUGCGGUGUGUUUUUGAGGAUUAUGAAGCAUUCUGUACUCUGGUUUCAGUGACAUAAGUGUAGAACUUAUUGAGUAGCAUCAUUUGGCUUGCAGAAGAUUUGUGUUGCUUAUGUAAUCUGUUUUCUGCUUUCACUGAUAUUGCAUUGGACACCUGAUAAAUAUUUUCUGAUUGCUGAUGGGAAUAUUUAUGCUUCGCUUGCCAUGUA